GCUGUCACUGCAUAUAAACACCGCCGGGAGUUUCCGUUGAAUCACAUUCGGCCGUCAAGUCUGAACAAUGGUUAACAUGAGCGAUCUGCAAUUGUUACCAAACUAUCCACAUUCGAAACACAGACUGUCCAGAAGGCGAACGAAUAAAAGAAAAAGGAUUUGUAGGGGUGAAUUAUCUCCAACAAAUUUGCAGACUUGAUUAAGGGAGUCCUUUUUAAAAAGGUCCAGAGUGAACUGUGUGACUGUGCGUUGCGAGAAGAUAUGACUGCCGAGUGGCUACACCUGCCCCCGCCGUACCCCCCCGGCGCGGGGCCGCUGUGUGGUGCAGAGUUGGAGGCGUGGUAUGAGGACCUGCAGGAUAUUCUGGGCUCCGAUACAGGAGGGGCGAAGCUGGCGCGCGCCCCCCCAUGUGGCGAGAAGGAACCCGAGUUCUUGGAUGUUCUGGAGAGUUGCUCCCUGACGUGGUUGACGGACGGAGGUCAGACGUGGGGAGAGGGCGUCCAGAGGGCGACCGAGCACAUCCACAACCCCCAGCCUCUGCAUCACACCACCUCUUCCUCCUCCUCCUCCUCCUCCUGCUUGACUCCAGCAGAAGAGCGGAAGACGGAGGCCAGGAGUGGCGGCGACCUGCUGCCCCCCGAGUUCUUUGAGCUGCUGAGUGAUGGCGGAGUAGGGAUGGUGGAUUCAAGCAGUGGUUAUUAUCAUCAUCAUCAUCAGCAGCAGGCUCACAGCGCAUACCCCGCAUCUCCAUCAGCCAGCGAGGAAGAGUCACCCCGCGUCCCAGACUCCCCGUCCUGCUCCUCCUCCUCCGCCUCAGAGUCGCCUUCCCAGCGCUGCUCGUCCCCUUCGUCGCCCGUCUCGUCCCCGUCAAUCUACUCGCCCUUGCGCCAAGGCAAGCGCAAGAGGAGCGCCGCCAGCGAGAGGCUCAACAACAACGGUGCCUUGCCGUCCUCGGGCGUCUCCACUCAGCGUACGUCCUCGUCAUACUUGUCGGCCAAAAAGAGUCGCAAAGAGAGGGAGCAGGAGAACGAGAGGAAGGUGCAAGAGCUGACUGAGCAGAAUGAGCGUUUGAAAGCUGAGAUCGAGAGGCUGGGAGAGGAAGUACAGCGGACACGUCGGGCGCUCAUUGAGAGACUUGUCAACACCAGGAAGUGAAGCCAGGAAAUCUUCAAGAAUCAGAUGGAAAAGUGUGUGCGCGUACGAAAUGCUCCUUGAGACUGGAAAGUAUGAAAACCAAAGAUAUUUUAAGGUUGAGAGUGUGAUGGAAGUCAAAACGCUGCCAAAUAAUCACAGCGGCAAAGAAGAAAGACACAGCAUGUGAAAAAGAACAGAAGGGUCUUUGUGUGUGUGCAUCACAAAGCAGCUGGGAAUGUUUGGGGAUAAAAGAAGCCGUGUAGGAAGUGUUUGAUUUGUACGUUCAUUGUCUUUCCUUCACACCAUCUUUGCAAUUCAUUGUAAUGCCUCUUUUUUUUAAAAGGGCUGCAAUCUGGCUAGCAGAGAUUAUUUGCCCCCAAAGUGCGGAGAGUGAAGGAGCUCAGGAAGUUUUCAAUAUGCGCUACAAGUAUGACUAUUUUUAUGGCAAACUUUUUUUUUUUGUGGCUUUUUCUAUAACCGUUGACCGUAUUGAUAUACAGCAGCUUUGCUUUGUAAAGGUGACCUUUUUUAAUCUGGGAACGGGUGGCUUUUCACCACUUACUAUUUUUAUAGAACUGUAAUCAGUCUACUCUACACAUUUGUACUGUUAAAUUUGUCUACUUUUAAGUCACCAAAUUUAUUACUACACAUAUGCAUGGCUAAUUCAUGAAUUUUAUUUUCGGGCUUCUUAUCGGUUAAUGUAAUGACAACAGUGGCAAUAAAUGAAGAAAUGUUUUCAGAUUGUCUGUUUAUUGACUUGUUAAUGCAUGAGUUGAUGUAUUUGCUAGAAAAGUGUUGACAUGAUUUGCAGGAAAGACAAUUUAAGAUAACCCAAGUGUUUAUAGUUAAAACGGUUCUAUACAGAAAGGAUAAAACAUUUUUAAAUGCGCAACGCACCUUCCGAGAGACUAAUAUCGCAGGGAGAGUAUCAAAUCAGUUUCUCUUGGUGGAGGGAUUUUUUAAAUCCCUCCAUUCUGUAGCAGAAUUCAUUUGACUCCCUUUGUGUGUUUUCAUUUCCCCGCCGGCCUCGCCAGCAUUUCAUUAGCCCUCAGUGCCAACACCACGUUGUCUUAGAUCCCGUCACGGCUUUGCCUGUGGCUAACACCCUCAUCUCGCUGUGUACAUCAUGUUCCCUUCCCUCCGAUAUCGCACCUCAAAACCUUACACCCCCCCUCCUACCACUAACCUCCACCCGUUUGUGACUUUUGUGUCUUAUUUCUUCUUGCCCUUGGUGGGUGCAGAUUCGGGGCUCUUCCCCUCCGCCAGGGCCAGCUGCUUCUUCAGGUCCAACAGUUUGGCCACUUCAGCCGUGACCACCGCCUUGUCUGCCUUCUGCGCUUUGAGGGCUCUCACCUUCUCCCCCUAGCAUAUAAAAGACGACAUUUGUACAUAUGGCAGGAAAAUAAAAAGUAUAUAUGUCCCUCCAUAAACUUAACCUUACUUAUGUCACAAUGUUCCUUCCAAAUUUACAUUAGAAAUGGCAUUAAACAAAAAUUAUUUGCAACAAAUGAGUACAAAAAAAGUAGAAUAAUAAAAGAAAAUAUUUAAAUCACUCUGGUUGUGUGUCAAAACAUAAGCUGUAGGAAAUGUAAAGUUUAAUAAAAUGUUAAAAAAAAAAAAACAAUUUGCAAAUAACAGGUACAAAAUAGUAGAUUAAAUGAAAUAUUUAAAUUGCUCUUUUCUUUGAUAUGUACAGUUUUUGAAAUAUUAAAAAAAAACAAAAAAACAAUUACUGAUGUGUCGAAACAAGCUGUAGCAAAUGUAGACUUGAAUAAAGCAUUAAAAAAACAAUUUUAGAAAUAUGAACAGUGGUUGACUGAGCAUUAAAAAAAACGUCUAAUUAAAUACAAAAACUAUCGGUUUUGACAUGAUUUUAUAAUCAUGUCACAUUUAGCAGUAAUAAAAAUAAUAAAGUGAUGUCCAUCAAUGUGUCAAAUUGUGACAGUUUUUAAUAGGGCAUUCAUUUCUAAUAUUUUUCAACAAAUGGGUAUAAAAAACUAAAUGAAAUCAAAAUAAGUAAAACAAAUGCUCUUUGGUUUGUUACGUGCAUUAGUAUUAAUAUAAUAUUUAUCAGGAGAAAUAAAAGCUAGUGCACUGAUGUGUAAAUGUGUACAAACUGUACAUUGUGAUUUCUUACAUAUUGACAUUUAAAAAAAAAAAAGGUUUACUUAAUUCAUGAAUUGCGUUUACUUGAAAUGCGUCAGAAGCUAAGCUGUAAAAAUUAGCUCGACUUGCUGAUGGGUCAAACGCGGCGCUCACCUGCUCAGCCACGGCCUGCGUCAGCUGGCUGGCUUUCUCCGGGUCCGCUCUGGUGUUCGCAGCUGUCACCUCCACACCUGUGUCGCCGGGAGCGGGUGUGCUGGUCGCGCUUUGAGACGCCGUCUUGAGUGUGCAAACAGAAGAUAUUAUUAUUUCCAAAGCCGCCGUGACUUACUUCAUUUUCGACAAUAAUGGCCGUCAGUCGAGGUGUCGACGGGAUUUUACGAGUGGCGAUGAAUGAGUGACAGACCCACACUGGACUCACGGUGAUAAGUGGAAAAAUUCAAAUGAGCCGCGAGUAUGAGUGAAAGCGUGCAAACAUUAACAGUGAGGACACUUCACACACAAAUGCCGAUGGAUACCUUCUUUUUUGGUGGCUCGUCUUCAGGCUAGAGAUGAAGGCGGGUGAUGAGAAGGUGUAGAAAGGGAAUUAUUUUUGUCUACAUGAUUAAUGCAUAAAAGCACGCUCUAUCAUGUUUCAAAAGACACAAAAUGACAGUAGUCAGCCUGUUAGGCCAAUCUGCAUGGCUAUAGAUCACACCACCAACCACAAUAGAAGAUAAUCAAGUUUACAUACAAAAACACUGCUUUGCUCAUCAACAUCACAUACCUGCUGUCCACCAAAUCUCUUCUUCAAAGCCUCGAUCUGGUCUACCUCCAGUUUCUGGAACAAAGGACUAACCUGGGGGGAGAAAAGGGAAUAUGGUGUUCAGAUAUUUAAACAUACACAGUGGAUCCCCGAAUAUCCACCAUUCAGCAUUUGCAACUCUGCAAACUCACACAUUUUUGAUCAAAGCAUUAUUUUUACAUUUGUACAACCUUCCCUUUUGUGCUUUUAAUAGCAAUAAUUACACACUUACUUACACAAACCAACAGGAGUUCGAACCAAUUGCUCACUCACAGUGCAAAUAAAAGUAACGUGGAACGCACAAUGUAACUGCACCACACGGACUAUGCUGGUAUCAAUAAAUGCGUAUACGCUAAUAUACCAGCCUCCGCAAGAGAUGUGAAGAAGAAGAAAGCACACCUGAAGAUGAAGUGACAUACCGUGUGUUCUCACUUGGACAGGUGUUUUGUGACAUUGCAUUCUUAACAGCGUUUAUAUUCGUUUUACACUUUUGUGGCAAUUAAGGAUGUUCAAAAGUGAGAGGCGUGAGGAGCAUUAAGGUUUGUAAUACUCAAUCUUGGCUAGUACAGUUAAUAAAUGGUUUUAUGAGGGCAACACUUUGACCCCGGCAGUGAUCAUGUUCCCUUGCUACAUCAUGGUUCACCUUUCGUGGAUUCGCUGUUUCGCGGAUUUUUUAUGUGUAAUUUUGCAUAUUUUUUCAACAGUGUAUGAACGCGCAUUGUGUUCUGCGUCCUUGUGGUGUUUUGGAGCAAUCUAUCUGUGCUCUGUUGUAUGUGUCUGUUCUUGUAUUUACUACUGCUACCAGCAGAGGGUGUUAUACAGGCAUGUUGAAGACGUGUGCAGCUCCACCUCCUCUCAGUUGAGCAUAUUAGGAACCCACAGUAGACAAUAGCCGGCUAAAUAUAGAGCCACAACAGUCCUCAUUGGCUAAGGGAGAACCUGCCCAUUGUGUUCUGCGUCCUGAUUAGCUGUAGAUUGUCAAUCAAUCCCCUUCAUACCAUCACUAUCAAACUAGCUAACUGCGUGAGCUGCUUGCUAACAAUAGAAAAAGAAGAAGCAGCAGCAGCUAAGCGGCUAAAUGAAUCUUCGGUUUCAGGAGUAGGACGACAGCAGGACAAAUAUGUUUUAACAAGGAUACAAAAAUGCUACAGCCCAAUGGCGCCAGAAUGAAGCACGGUCAGAGGGUGAAUACGUGUGAGUCACUUAAUAAUUUAUUGUGUCCAAUCUCAUAAGUUGAUCAUUAAAAUUGAAAUGAAAUCUGAACUUUGAGAGUGAAUGUGAGAAAAUGUCCAUGCCUGUCUGAGAAAAGUGUAUAAAGUGUAUGGUGAGGGGUUUUACACCUUUAAAACAUAUAUAAUAAUUGUCAACAAAUAAAGUUGGCUACUUCACGGAUUUCACUUA